AUGGUUAUUGAAAAAUUAUCGUUUACCGAAAAAAAGAAAAAAACUAUUUUCGGUCGUCUUACUAAUAAAUUUAUUAGUCAACAACGAUGUUCAAAACGUGAUCAAUCAGUUCAAACAAGUUUGCAUCCAUCUAUAGCAACUACUGUUUUUCUUAAUAGUCAUUUAAAACAACGAAUAUAUUCAUCAGAUAAUCAUAAUGAAAACAUUCAAAUAUCAUCACGUCGACGUCGAUCAUCACUUAAAACAUUUCUUACUUUAAAUUCACCUAAACCAAUAGCACUUAUUCGUCGUACACGUCGACGUAGUAUUAAUUUGAAAACACCGAAGCGACUUAGCUCAGAAUGUCUUCAAGUUGCGUUAGUUCGAAAAAUUCAACCACUCAAUCGCUUCGAUUCAUCAUUUAUAUUAUCUUCUUCAACAUCACAUUUUUCAUCUAAACAAAUUUUUAAUGAUGAAAUCACAAGUCGUGAUGAACAUUUUUCUAUAGGGCCAAUGAAAUGGAGUACACCUAAUCGGACUAUUGUAUAUAAAACUUCAAGUCCUAAUAAUAAUUCUGAUCGACAACAUCGUUUAUGUACCGUCGAUCAACUCUCUUUUUCGAAUAUUUUCGAUCGUAGCGAUUGA